AUUUCCUCCGCUCCGCCCGGGCCGGAGGGAUCCGCAUCGGCGAGCGGCGCCUCCCGGGUGUCGGCCCCGGCGGCUCCCGACCGUGCCGGGCUGUGGCGAGACAGCUCCGGCCGAGCCUGCGGCGAGUCGCCGCCCCUCCGGACGCUCCGAAGUCCCCCGCGCGGUUCGCAUUCCGGCUGCACGCAUGGACGCGGCGCUGAAGCGGGGCCGCUCGGAGGAGCCGGCUGAGCUCCUGCCGUCUGCCCGGGACUUGGAGGAGGAGGAGGAAGAGGGGAUGGAGCAGGGGCUGGAAGAGGAAGAAGUGGACCCCCGGAUCCAGGGAGAACUGGAGAAGUUAAAUCAAUCCACGGAUGACAUCAACCGACGGGAGACUGAACUUGAGGACGCUCGUCAGAAGUUCCGCUCUGUUCUGGUUGAAGCAACAGUGAAACUGGAUGAACUGGUGAAGAAAAUUGGCAAAGCCGUAGAAGACUCGAAGCCCUACUGGGAGGCGCGGAGGGUGGCGAGGCAGGCUCAGCUUGAAGCUCAGAAAGCCACGCAGGACUUCCAGAGGGCUACGGAGGUGCUCCGUGCCGCCAAGGAAACCAUCUCCCUGGCGGAGCAGCGGCUGCUGGAGGAUGACAAGCGGCAAUUCGACUCGGCCUGGCAGGAGAUGCUGAAUCACGCCACUCAGAGGACUCCCUGCUGGUUCUGGGCCCGCUGCCCACUUACCUGCCCGGGCGUGGUGCUGCGGCUGUCCUGCGGCGGACUCGUCCAGCGCCGGUUCUGGCUGCUCGGGUCGACUGGGCCUCAAACCCUGCCACUGGGCCCCAGCAGGUGUUUAUCGUGGUCAUUGUGUUACAUUACUCUUAGGGUUUUUCUUCCUGUCUUCCACAGGCCUUAUUUUGAACUCAAGGCAAAGUACUACGUGCAGCUUGAGCAACUGAAGAAGACUGUGGACGACCUGCAGGCCAAGCUGGCCCUGGCGAAAGGCGAGUACAAGACGGCUCUGAAGAACCUGGAGAUGAUCUCGGACGAGAUCCACGAGCGGCGGCGCUCCAGCACCAUGGGGCCUCGGGGCCGCGGCGUCGGGGCCGAGGGCAGUGGCGUGUCUGUGGAGGACCUGGCGGGGAGCAAGCCCGAGGCGGACGCCGUGUCUGUGGCCUCUGAGGCCUUUGAAGAUGACAACUGCAGCAACUUUGUGUCUGAAGAUGACUCGGAAACCCAGUCUCUGUCCAGCUUUAGUUCAGGACCAACGAGCCCGUCCGAGGUGCCUGACCAGUUCCCUGCAGUCGUGAGGCCAGGCAGCCUGGAUCUGCCCAGCCCUGUGUCCCUGGCAGAGUUUGGGAUGAUGUUCCCGGUGUUGGGCCCUCGAAGCGAAUGCAGUGGGGCCUCCUCCCCCGAGUGUGAGGUAGAACGAGGAGACAGGGCAGAAGGGGCAGAGAAUAAAACGAGUGACAAAGCCAACAACAAUCGGGGUCUCAGCAACAGCAGUGGUGGUGGUGGCAAGAGUCAAGGCAGCAGCUCCCCUGAGGGCCAGGCCUUGGAGAACAGGAUGAAGCAGCUCUCCCUCCAGUGCUCAAAGGGAAGAGACGGGAUUAUUGCUGACAUAAAAUUGGUGCAGAUCGGCUGACCCAUCCAAGGCCCUGGCCCAAGUGCACAUCAGUAUUUAUACAUGAAACUGUGUGGAGAACAUUGUGCCAAUAAUCAUUUAAUAUAUGCCAAAUCUUAAGUGUUUAAACUGCACUAAUGAAGUUCCAGUGACCCUGAGGGCUGAAGGUCUUUCUUCUGGGAAAGCUCUUGGGCUGGUUUGUUUUUUCAGAGCAGGGGUGGUGUUGCAGGGGUACUGUGGCCAGGUUCACAGCCUUGUGGAACGUUACCUGGAACAGUGUCAUGGAAGCAAUAACUAGUUCCUAGGAAAGCACCCGAGCCAGGAAAGGGGCUGGGAAGCUGAGCCAAAUGGGGUCAACAGCUUGCUUCUCUCUCUUCUCUCCCCCUCAGUUUGGGAAAAGGGAGAUAUUCUCUCCUUUGUACCCCAGGGGAUCUAAAUGAAAAACAAAACAAAAACAUUCAAGGACAAAACUCAAGUAUUAAGAACACACCUUGUUGACCCUGUGAAGGCUUAAAAAAAACCCAAGAACACAAUUCAUUUUCAUCAUCUCUGGUGUUCAGAACGAGCUUGUAAAAAAGUGUAUAUGCUGGGACACCCAUUAAAACCAUUUUCUAUAAAGGUUACCAUGAACUGCACUUUUUGGGGUGGGAAAGGUAAAUGCCAGUGUGGGGAUGGGGGGAAGAGGGUAGCAGGGACAUAUCAUAUAAGGGGAUUUGCAGCUGUGGGGCAGAGGGUUCUAGAACAAACUGUAUCCUACCAGCCAAGGGGACUUAAUCUAAGAGAAGUGCAUGUGAAGAAUGGUUGCCAUUGUUAUAUCUAGACUGACAAGGUGUUCAUUUCUCUGUAGGUUGUUAACUUUAAAAAUAAAUUAUUUAAGGGUUAUGCUGUGCUAGUAUUUCCUAGAGGAAACUGUUCCCUAAAGCUAGGAAGGGGAGUAGGCAUGUGUUGGCAAAGGCUGUUAAAUACAAGCAAUGGUCUGUUAUGCUAAUAGUGUUAAGACUGAUUUUCUUUAAUGUUUUCAUGGUUACACAUAUUUAGAGCACUGUAUUUUAUUUGUCCUUUUUUGUUAGGAAAGCUUACAUUUCUAAAAGAAAAGCAACCCUAUUUCAAGUUGUCAAUUCUGACACAGCUUGUAUAUUUUAGUCAUUUGUAAAUCUCUUCAUACUGUACUGUUUUCUCCUUUUUUAAUGACUGAUACAGUAUCCUAAUUACAAGGUUAUUUUGUACAUGUCUUAAUACUUUGAGUGUAAUAAAAAUGGCUUAAGAAAA